CGUGACAUCAAUACAUCAUGGUCAUCAUGUUCGCAUCCUCUGUUUCCGGCGGUAGAUGCUGUCAGCCAGAAUUCGUCGCUCUUGUUUCAGCGCCUCCUGUCUUGCUCUGCCACCGCGCCUGGACCAAUCAGCCUGAGGUCCCAGACUUAAGUCGCAGCUGUCUCCCAGGGAUCGGAUCUCCCUUUCUCCUCCGCCCUCCCGGCCUCCGUCAACGCUCCAUGCCUGAAUCAGAACCACGGUCAUCCUCAGGGCUUAGGCCAAGGUUCUGCGGCUGCUACCUCUCUCCGGCGGCGAGAGCUACGGAAGCUAUUCUGACCCCUUGAGUUGACGACCAUGGCAGGGGACAGGGCAAGGAGUGACGCUCGAAACAUGUGACCCCGCUAUAAUCUGUACUUCAACAGGGACGCCGCCUUUCUUUCUGCUGACGGUGAUUGUAAGCGGCUGGCGACAAUCUAAUCCAGACCUCCGGCGGCUUCGAGGAAAGGGCUGCCCUCACCUAACGUUAGGUGCGAGAAGUGACCGCAGACCACACAUCAUUCAAAGAUCUGCCGACAUGGACUGUUAGCACAUGGACUGUUAGUCGAUUAGCUAUCAACAACUCUGCGGACAUCGUUUGAAGAAGGACCUACUAGCGCAUAUGGACGGUCAGCUACUCCGUAUUAAAGCUCCGCUGGUAAACAUAAGGGGAAGCAGUGGGCUAGAAUUGCAUGGAGCCAAAAAUUGGGCCUAAAAUAUGUGGAUAUGGGCUAAGGCUUCUACAAUUUAAAACGGGCCCAAGGAGUUCUGCUGGAUGAUAUUCAUUCUAGUGAGCCCACAUUUUUCAGCCCGCUUAAAAAAGCUAAGUGCUUCUCUUUAAUUUUUAUAUUAUUUAUAUUUAUUUAAAUCAUUUCUUUUCCGGUUAAAUGUCACACUGUCACGCAAUUAUGAUCAAAUGCCUAGUAGACUGUGACUUGAGACCAUCACUAGGAUUUAAAGCCCUGACUCCUCAGACAUAAAGCCCUGACUCCUCAGGCACAAAACCUUGACUCCUCAGGCACAAAGCCCUGACUCUCAGGCAUGAAGACCGGUCUUAGUCAUUCCAAGAAUGGCGACCGUUGCGUAAGAAUGGCUCACACCUCCACUCUACUAAGUAUUUUAUCAUCACAUCAACAAUUCACAUUUCCACUUUUUUCAAGUGACGAACUCCCGAUCGGAAACAUAAACCCCAAGAAAAAAAUUUAUAUGCAUGCCAAAUGUGUAGGUACGAAGAUGACUUUAUUCAUUUUUACCUCGACUCCACUCGCCUCAAAGAGUGGGGGACUGGGGGACUGAGAGGUCAGAGUUUCUAGAUGAGCAGAAAAUAUCACGCAUGAGCAGGAACGAAAGCUGAGUCAGAUGAAGAGGAGUUGAACCAGACAAAAAUGAUUAUGCCGGAAGGGGUCUACCAUCCUUGUUUAUUAGGAUUUUUUCCCUUUAGGUGUACUCUUUUUCCCUUUAUUAGGAUUUUUUCCCACAGGGUUUUUUCCUAGUAAAGGUUUUUAACGAGGCACCUCCCCAUCACGGACAAGGGUGGUGGUUCCCGGCCGGAGAGGAAGAAAUCAAAGACAGAAGAACGUUGCAGAUACAGUUUGGACUACUCCCUUUCACCUCGAGUACUCUCGACUCAGGGAGUGGGGGACUCCUGAUGGAAUAUAUGGACUUCGACCUCCCGGUCUGCCUACUAUUGGGCCUAGACAGCGGCCCACACACGUUUAGCGGAUAUCAUUCAUAUUAUUGUACAUUAUUAUUAUUAUUCAGAUGUUCUAGAUUAGUUUUUUGUACUAUCAGUCCAUUUAUGUAACCGGGUCUGUCAGGCUCAUAUUAGAGGCCCAGACCCGGAUUUUCCCUAUAUAUACUCCUUUAGGAGGCUACACAACAAAUACAAUCAAUAUUCAUUCUAUACACUAUUCAUCUUCUUCUUCAUCAUUUCUUCUCCACUCUUGUUCAAACUCUCACUAGUUAUAGGAUAUGGGUAUCAAUUAUCCAACAUAUACUAUCCUCCGUAUCAUAUUAGUUGCAACAUUGCAAUUGAUACACUAUUCAUGUACUCUACUUUGAUUACAUUUUAUUUAAUUAUUAAUAUAUGUGAAUUAUUUUAAAAAAAUGUUGAAUUCAUCUCAUUACUAAGUUUCAUAAUCCGAUUUUAAUUAUUUUUUACUAAUCUAUAAUUAAAUAUAAUGACGAUUAAAAUUGUGCGUUGCCAAACGUGAAAAAAAAAGAAUGUUCUAACGUAUAAGUACUUAUAUUUUAAUUUGUGCAGCAUUGGGAGCCUAGGUUGGGAAAUGGAAGAGGAAGGAGUACACAACGUGACCGUCACCGGAGUUAAAUUCAGCGGCACACAAAAUGGAUUUAGGAUCAAAACUUGGUCACAGCCAAGUAACGGCUUCGUUAGAGGCGUCAAUUUUCAACAUGGCUUCAUGUCUGACGUGAGAAACCCCAUCAUCAUUGACCAAAACUACUGCCCCAACAGCAAUGGCUGCUCCAACGAGGGUUCGGGCGUGAGGAUCAGUGAUGUGAACUACCAAGACAUACAAGGAACAUCAACAACAGAAGUGGGAGUAAAUUUGGAUUGUAGCUCGAGAGAACCAUGCAUGGGCAUAAGGUUGAACAACGUACACCUGACAUGCAAGAAAGAACAAGCCAUAUCCUCUUGCGCUAACGCCCAUAUCACAUCCUCUGAUUCAUUUGUUAAUCCUUCCAGCUGCCUCACUGCCCGCUAGCUCCGGCCUUUUGGAUCCAUGCCAGCUGAUUCUCAAACCAAAUGUUUUAGACUUAGAUUUUACUAGAUCAUUAAAUGGAAUGUAGUCAUUAGUUAGCUAGUUAAUAUAUACUCAUUAACGUAACUAAUUAGUUAUGUUAACACACGCAUGCAGUAUUUAGACUUCAAUCAUACUCAAUAGUUUAAUUUGCAGUUUUGAUAUUUUAAUAGGGAUCGGAAAAGGGUCAUAUAAGCCCUCCUACUAUUUUUGAAACAUCACUUAAGCCCUUGUACCCUAAGAAAC